ACUAAGGCUGGAGAGACGUUCUGUACGUUUGCUUUGUCGGUUCCCAAGGUGAAGCCGAUAAGGGACACCAAUGAGACGAGCUCGAGGGUCAGGUUUCGAAACGCCACCAUCCGCGUGAUCGACUAUAUGAUGAAGAACCCACAGCAGACACCAGAGUUGCGGGGCCAGAUCGAGAGCGGCCUCGUGGGCAAAACCGCGACCAAGAAUGGUAGCGGUUCGGGCUCUGCUGACACUCCGGACAACAUUGAUCUGACUUGGGCUGGGACAUCUGUCGGCAAAGUCCAUCCUAAGGUGAAAGCGGCGCAGCUGGCGGCGCUACCGGAUGGACCAUCGGAGGCCCUUCUUGAUCUCAUCGAUGAUAAUGAUGCGCGCGCGAUCAAGGGUCUCUUCGCAUUUGCGUUUCAAUACAAAUCGUCUGACAUAUUUACGGACGAGAUGGGAGACAUGAGCACUUGGGCACUCAUGAACGUUCGCAGGAACGCUCAGAUAGGCAUCGACUUCGGUUUUUGGAUCAAGGAUUGCGUGAACCCCGACACUGGCGUUAUCGAUUGGGGUCGCCGUCCUCUCUAUACGCCCAUUUGGGGAAAGGAGUACCUGGCGUCCGUGAGGGUCAUUAACGGCGACACCGCCUCCCCUCCGAAGGGCGUGUUUAUCACAUACGAGUACAAGCUGGACAACCCCUUCUGCGCUGAGGGGGCUGGAUGGGUUCUCGACACUGCCAGGUACCCUUGCAAGGACUGGUUCUCUGUCCAGCAUGGGCCGAACAAGUAUCGCAUCGACAAGAAGGGCAAUAUGCUGAUCGACCUGUGCACUGGUGCUGCUGCCGAGAUCACGGCCAGGCAGCAACAAGUUAUGGCGCUCACGAAUGGGCCAUCUCUCGUGAGUUUGGACACCCGCGAGAAGCGCAGGAGGGAGGAGGCCCUGCAGAAGGCGAGGAAGCGCCUCGCCACCAAGUCGUCCGAGUCCAUCCGCAUGCUGUCAUAUGACAAAAAGGAUGGUACUCCAUCGUGA